GGUGGUACAGAAACCCCCACGCCAUCAUCCAUCGACGCUCCUCUCUCCGUCUCAUUCAUGGCUCCUUCCUCUUUCCCCAAUGGAGAUGGAGCAGAGCACCUUCCUGACUGCUCCUCCUCCGCUGGACCGUACUGAGGCGCAGAGCCAAGGCCUCCCGUCGAUCUAUCCUGCCGCUGCGGUUUUCUUGGGGCUUGGAAGGGGGCCGAGCGGAGCCGCCGAGGCGAGCCUGCAGGGUGAGGCGGAGUGAGAAGGAGGGGCAGAGGAAGAGGAAGAAGUUUGAUCCGGUGAAGCUGAGGAAACUUGGCCCUGCAUUUAAGAAGAUUGGCUCCGUAACUGCUGGCAAUUCCUCUAGUAUAAGGCCACAAAAUGACCGUAAUAGAUUUCAUAGAUCUGAGUGAUCAUGAUAUUAUUGACUUGAGCAGCAGCGAUGACGAGGCUGUUCAGGAGGAUCAGAUUGCAACUCAGCACCGGGCGGCGUCGCUUGAUAAGCAGGAUGUGUUUGUCCUAGCUGGUGAAGGAAGCCGAGCGGUGCAGGCCGUGUUUGUUGCAGCUGGUGAAGGAAGUCAAGAUGAGCAGGCCGUGUUUGUUGCAGCCAGUGAAGGAAGUCAAGAUAGGCAGGCUAUGUUUGUUGCAGCUAGUGAAGGAAGGCAAGAGGCUUCUGAGCCCGGACAUGCUUUGGAAGCUACCGCAUCGUCCAUGAUUAUGGAGGAAGCACCUCUUGUUGCAGCUACUAAAGGAAGUCAAGAUGUGCAUCCUGUGUUUGUUGCAGCUAGUGAAGGAAGGCAAGAGACUACUGAGUCCGGACAUGCUUUGGAAGCAACCGCCAAGUCAGUGCGUGUGAAGGCGAAAUAUCAUAAGAAGAACUACCAUACCGGCACUCCUAGGAAAAGUCCUAGGCUUAUACAGAUGGGUGAAUGUUGUACCAGUCCUGUGGAAGAGCCAGCAGCCGAUUACAAGAGGUCUCGCAUGCUCGGGCCAGCAGAAGAAUUAGCUGCCUCUACCGACUCAGCUGAAACGGCUGUCCUCACUAUGCCACAUGUUGGAUCAGCGAGUUGUCUUCGUUCUCCAACAUCAGCGAUAUUCGCCGGCCCGACUUUCAUCACUCCGAAAGCUCAGACUUCUGAAGGUGGCGACGCAAAGUCAGUGAGUGUGAAGACAAAAUAUCGUAAGAACUACCAUACCAACACUCCUAGGAGAAGUCCUAGGCUCAUACAGAUGGGUGGAUGUUGUACCAGUCCUGUGGAAGAGCCAACAGCCGACCACAAGAGGUCUCGCACGCUCGGGCCAGCAGAAGAAUCAGUUGCCUCUAUCGACUCAGCUGAAACGGUUGUCCUCGCUCUGCCACAUGCUGGAUCUACGAAUUGUCUUCGCUCUCCAACAUCAGCGACAUUCCCCAGCCUGAUUUCCACCAGUCCUACAGCUGUGACUUCUGAAGGUGGCGAUGCAAAGCUGGUGAGAGUGAAGGCGAAACAUCCUGAGAGGAACUACCAUAUCUUGUCCUUGGUUAGGGAAAAAUCACCUCUUGGUCCGACCUCCACCAGUCCGAAGGCUCUCUUCUCAGAAGAUGGCGACGCAAAGCUGGUGACCGGGAAGGUGAAACGUCGUAGGAAGAACUGUCGACCCUGCAAACUAACUCCUUAGGCUGAAUCUUUCUGUUGUUGUAGUCCUCUCAUAGGUAACCACUCUUGUUGCAUCUGUAAUGGGAUCGAUCCGAGCUCGCAUUGCCCCAUCUCUCUGCAUCAAAUUCGUCUAGGAUGUAGGUUGUGGGUGAUUUUUGGACUUGUUUCGUCAAGCACAUCAUUAAUUAGCUGGUAUUUUGGUGAGCUUGGAAAUGCGCGCAGCUGCUGUUUUCUGGUAGCUUAAGAAUUUUUUGUAGGAGUUAAUCCUGGCUCAAAGCUGAGAUGUAACCAAACCAAAAAUUGACCCAGAUUUGUGAGAGCAACUGCAUUUUGAUUUA